UCUACAUUAAACAUGGAGAACAACAAGUCCCAUCUGUUUCCAUCAUGGACUAUCAUCAUUUCACUUCUUACCUUCACCACCAUCUUCCACCUCUCAACGGUGGAUGCCACCAAAGAAACCGAUACAUACAUUGUCCUGCUAAGCUCUCCCCAUAACCGCAUCUUUGCUCACUCGGAAGACCUCCAAAGCUGGUACAACACAUUCUUGCCCGCAACCGCCGCCAACUCCGAUGAGAAACCGCACAUGGUUCAUGCAUAUCGUAACAUACUUAUGGGGUUCGCAGCCAGACUUACCGUCCAGCAAGUGAAGGAAAUAGAGAAAAAAGAUGGAGUCAUAUCUGCACAGCCUCAAAGGGUCUUGUCUUUACAAACAACUCAUACUCCUAACUUCUUGGGGCUACAUCAGAAUUUGGGUUUCUGGAGAGAUUCCAACUACGGGAAAGGGAUCAUCAUUGGGGUUCUCGACACGGGGAUCACUCCUGGUCAUCCUUCUUUUAACGACACAGGUGUGGACCCUCCACCGACCAAAUGGAAAGGCAAAUGUGAAGUUGCGGGGUGUAAUAAUAAGUUGAUCGGUGUUAGGAACUUUGUUACGGCAAGUUCUGGUUCUGCGCUUGAUGAAGAAGGACAUGGGACUCACACGUCUAGUACUGCGGCUGGAAACUUCGUUGACGGUGCUAAUGCUCUCGGAAAUGACAAGGGGACUGCGGUUGGGAUGGCUCCGCUUGCCCACGUGGCAAUGUACAAAGUCUGUGACGAGAAUGGUUGUGCCGAGAGUGAUAUGUUGGCUGCCAUGGAUGCAGCGGUUGGAGAAGGUGUUGACGUGCUUUCUCUCUCGAUUGGUGGACCAUCUAUCCCUUUCUAUCGGGAUGCAAUCGCUCUAGGUGCAUUUGGUGCCAUACAGCAAGGGAUAUUCGUUAGUUGUGCGGCAGGAAACUCUGGGCCGUUUAAUUCUACAUUGUCGAACGAGGCUCCAUGGAUUCUCACCGUUGGUGCUAGUACGGUUGAUCGAAAGGUAAAGGCGACCGUAAAACUUGGAAACGAAGAUUUACUUGAUGGAGAAUCGCUUUUCCAGCCUAAAGAUUUCCCAGAAACUCUUUUGCCGAUUGUAUACCCGGGGAUGAACGGCAAUCAAAACGCUGCAUGGUGUGCCCCGGGAUCGUUAAACAGCACCGAUGUCAAAGGAAAGGUCGUGAUUUGCAUAAGAGGCGGUGGCGUGGGAAGAAUUGCCAAAGGACAGACAGUAAAAGAUGCUGGAGGAGCUGCUAUGAUUCUCACCAACGUACAGGCAGACGGCGUUAGCACCGUAGCUGAUGCUCAUGUACUUCCUGCAUCAUACGUUGGUUAUAAAGACGGGCUUACGAUUCUAAAUUACUUGAAUUCAACUUCAUCCCCUGUUGCUACGAUCAUAUUUCAUGGAACCGUUAUCGGAGAUAAAUCAGCUCCUCAAGUGACCUCUUUCUCAUCAAGAGGGCCUAGUCUAGCAACUCCCGGAAUUCUGAAACCCGACAUUAUCGGGCCGGGAGUGAGUAUUCUAGCAGCAUGGCCCAUCUCUGUCGAUAACAGUUCGACAACAGACCCUUUCAAUGUGGUUUCAGGUACAUCCAUGGCGUGCCCUCAUCUAAGUGGGAUCGUAGCGUUGUUGAAAAGUGCACAUCCUGAUUGGUCACCUGCUGCAAUCAAGUCCGCGAUCAUGACCACCGCUGAUUUGGUUAACCUAAACAGCCAGCCAAUCGAGGAUGAAACGGAGCUUCCCGCCAGCCUCUUUGCAGUUGGGGCUGGCCAUGUUAACCCAUCUAAAGCUAGUGAUCCUGGACUCGUUUUCGAUAUACAACCAGAUGACUACAUACCAUAUCUGUGUGGAUUGGGAUACUCAAGUGCACAAGUUAUGGCCAUUGUCCAAAAACAGGUUUCUUGCUCAAAUAUAUCAAGCAUAGCUGAAGGACAACUGAACUAUCCUUCAUUAACCGUCACAUUGAGUGCUGGUGUGACGAGAUCUUACACAAGGACCGUGACCAACGUUGGCGAUGCUAAGUCAUCCUACCUCGUUAAAAUUUUCCCAGGACCGGGCAUGGGCAUUGCUGUGUCACCGGCUCAACUUGAUUUCUCAGCGGUUAACCAGAAGCUGUCUUACCAAGUGACCUUUGACACUACAAGCGGCUUUGAUCCGACGAUUGGAUUCGGUGAAGGGGCGGUGGUAUGGAACUCAGCAAAGCAUUCGGUUAGGAGUCCCGUUUCGAUCAUAUAUGUUUAA